AUGUGGUGGAAACUUAGAACCCCGUACGAAAGCCUGCCUCAGUCAGAAGGAAAGACGGUCGAUACAACAACACGACCCUUCAAACUGUCGGUUAGCAGGUGGCCAAGAUCAAGCAUCAUUCUCGGCAUCACCAACAUAGUCACGAUCAUAGCACUUCUGAACAACAUCCGCGGAACUAAGCCGAGCACAGUACUGAAGCAUUGCACAGAAGAGCUAUCGACGCCUUCUCCUGCUCUCGAAGCCGUAAAAUACCAAUCAUCACGUCACUACAACGCCGAGUUCAGGCAAACGAACAAGUGGCGCGGCCCACCUGGGAAUCACUCAAAUGAUGUCGACGUCGCAUGGCACGAGAUCGAGCUCGGCGCCGGUGGAAUCCAUUUGACUGAAGAAGAGGUUAAGUUAUUGAACAUGACGGACUCGCCUGAGUUGCCAUUCCACAAGAUCCCCGAAGAACACGGUGGUGGGUACUUGGCAAUGCUCGAGGUUUUCCACCUUCUUCACUGCUUGAACUCGUUGAGAAUGGGACUAUUCUACAAUUAUAAACACUACGAGUUUCUUGACGAAGGUGUGCCCGACGAGAAUAAGUAUACGCACUACGAUCACUGCAUCGACAUGCUUCGGAUGAACCUUAUGUGUUACGCAGACGUCACCCCGGCCCUAUUUGUCGAUCCUCUCAGUAAUCCUUUACGCAGAGAUGCGUUGCCAAACUGGUCAUCCAUGCAUACCUGCAGAGACUUUGACGCGAUAUUGGAUUGGAACAAGCAUGGUCCUAGGUCGGUGCGUUGGCGCGACGCUGGGGCCAAUCCAUCGUGGGAUCCGAACCUCGAAGGCGCCGAGCAACCUUUCCCAUCUGAAGAGCAUGGGGAUGGUGGGCACCACCACGGUUAA